UAUGCCAGGUUAGACUUAUAUAAACAUACAUUUGACUACGUCGUGAACCCCUCUGGCACCACGAUGAAGCAACUUCAAAUUUUGUGAACGAGAAAGUUAGUUGGAGAGUCGCCAUUUAUUCAUCAGUGAAGGCAAUAACGGCAGGUUAACUCACGCAUAACGAUCACGAAAUUAAGACAGCUCAAGUUUAGACAACGAGAUGGUCUGGUAUUAGUGCCGGGUAAAAUCCGUCCGAAUCCUGAAGCUAGGUGGAUGGUCUAUCGAUGUCGACGUCGCGGCAACGAAAUAUGCUAAUGCAUCACUGUUAAAGCGACGAUACUGAAGGCGGGUAAUGCAUGUAUGAUACAUAUAAGCGAAAACUUUCUUUCGCAAAUAAUUGAGGUAAACCCAGACGAUAUAAAACCGCAGACUGGUACUGACUAUUGAUUCUAUAAUUCUGCAAGGACCCCUAGGACUAUUUUUAAAGGAUGCGAAAAACUAAUUCCAAUUCGAGCAAUAUAACAGCUGUCAAGGACCUGUGACAAAUUAAAACUCAUAGACCGACAUUUGAAUAUCAAUCAAUGAAAUAUUUUUCUAAUGUUUUUUCUUUCCUACCAAUGAAUUAUUCAGCUCAUGGUACAUUUUAGCCCAACAACCUCAGUCAGUGUUAAUUCUCCAAGUCAACGAGAAUAUUGUUGAUCCUCGGGAGUCCAGCGUGUUUGUUUUAUCACAGAGAAAAUUAUAAACUGAAUGCUCGGAAAACGUGGGUGAUCCAUCUCAGUCUAAGACCAAAGUUUCAUGCAGAAAACGAUAUAAACCCACCAGCUUAAAACAAAGCGAAACAAUACAAAAGACCGUAGAAGUAUUUCAGUUGAUAUAAACGGAAUUAAUACAAAAAAAAGAGAAGAAUCGAUCGGCCCUGUUUAUUUAAUGAGCAGGUAUUUCCUUUUUAUUCACGAAGAAAAAAAAUGGUAUUCAGGAGGAAAAACUCUUUUGCUUAAAGGCCGCAAAUCGCUUAGAGAGGACGAAAAAGGUAGCGAAACAAUACAAGAGUGGCAGUCAGUGCAAUUCGUGUUUAACAUAGAACUGAGAUAAAAACAACAACUGCAUAUGUCCACCUGCUAUAUGAUAAUCGUGACAAGGAUGAUAAAAUUUUGUUAUUUUCAUUUUUCUAGAAAGCACUUUUUUACUGUAAUAUGUUAUUUGAGAAGUAGAAAAAUUGUUUUCCCAGUUUUUGCCACUCGCUUAAGUCGACAACAGUUAUAAUAAAGAGAAGAGUUACCAUUUAUAUAUGGUAAUUCACUUCGGAGAUGACUCAAAAACUGAAAAGUUCACUCUGUCAUAAUUAAGGUGGCUCCCUAUUUUACCACUGAAAACGUGCUGAGAACAAAGCUUUAGUGCUCAAAGGAAACAUCAUCAGGUAAAUUCCGUAAAAUUACGAAAAAAACUUUGCAAAAUCCGUUUAAUUCUUCUGGGUUGUAGUUAUUUCGGGCACGUCUCUUAAUAUUAAAUUUGACUAGUGAGGCUGUGGCACUGUUUCGUCGUACUUAGUUGAGUAGUUAGUUGAAUAGUUAGUUGAGUAGUUAGUUGAGUAAAACAAAUAUCGGUGUUCCAAAUGAAUCUGUGGCUGUCUGGCACAGGCGAAAUAGUUCCAAAGUUAUAAAUAGUAGCACGUUUCUGGCAUUAUUUGAGAAUUCUGAUGUCUUGAUAACAUGAAAUAGUGGCAAAAGAGUAAGACAGUGUAACUAUCUCGAGUUCCCGGUGUUCGUGUCGCACGCGUACUCGCGCUUAGCGUAGUCCAUGACCCUUCUUCUUUACUUUUUGACUGGAAGUCCUAGACAUUCUCAAUUAUAUUAGUGUAAUCUAGUUAACAUUUCUGGGAAGCUCCAUUCUUAGAGAAUUACUGACUUGGUUUGUUCUUGCAGUCUUAAAGAUCAGAAAAGCUGCCUCACAGAAGAUGACCCCGGCGUGGAGCAGUUCAGCAGCCUUAAUAUGUACCGCUGUACUGUUUUGGAAGCCAGUCCUAACGUCUUCGGCAUCCCCGCCGCCUCGCACUGGCACUUGUCCUAUUCCACGAACUGGAAUUAGGAUAUCUAUUCUCAACGAUCCUCCAUUUACCGAGUUCAAGUCCGGUGAGGUGGAAGGCAUAUUGGGAGAGUUUUUCACUGAAAUUCAAAAGAAAUGUUUUCUAGAUACUCCAGAAUGCAAAUCAGUAUCCAGGAAUGUCACGAUCGAAAAGAGCCUGUUUAACUCUACAGCAAACUUCGUAUCGGCCAUAGAGGGAAAUACAACAGAUAUCGCCUUCCCAAUAACAGCCCCAAUGAAGAUGGUUUUGUCUGGUGACAGCUACUUGGGACCACUUUUGAUAUUUGAGGUAUUCAUAAAAUCCUCCGGAUAUUCGCUCAUCAUGGACGUCGAAAAUUUCAACCAAAAAUCCAAUGACAUUGUCUUUGAUACCUUGCUUGUAAACACCUGGCCCAUAUUCGUUUUCACUCUCCUUAUCGCUGGAAUCUCAGGAAUAUGUGUCUGGAUGUUGGAAACGUACUUUAACGAAGAGGAAUUUCCUCGUUCUUUUACAAAAGGUUGCUAUGAAGGAUUUUGGUGGGCUUUUGUCUCCAUGACGACGGUCGGCUAUGGAGACAAGACUCCCAAGUUUAUUUUGGGUCGUGUGUUUGGCGUCAUUUGGAUCUUGAUUGGUUUGGUCGUCAUAGCAAUGUUCACGGCGACCGCUACAAGUGCGCUCAGCAUUAGUUUCAGCGACCUUGCUCGACUGGAAGGAAACAAGGUAAAGCAAAUUAAAAUGGUCGAAGUUAAUGACAUUUCCGAGACUUCCAUGUGGAAAAGGAAGUCCGUCGUAGGAUGAUUGUCAGAAAGUUUGCAUUGAACCCCAAAAGCAGACCAACCUGGGCGUAGCUCGUGCUUCACUAUACCAUGUGUUUAUCCCUAAAAGAUACCGGUUUAAACGGUCUUGAAUGCGUUUUUGUUUAUUUCUUUGAGAGCAAUUUUAAAAGAUACCUUGACAGUUUAAACUAGAAGCGUUCCUUCCUGAACACCCUCAGUGAGACAAAAUCCGUGAUUUACACCUCUGAGUGAGACAAGGAGCAUCCCCGACCUUAAGCUUUUUGCAUUGAAAUCGCCAUCCUCCCCCCCGGGGUAACAUUUGUGAUUUUGUGUGAUAAAAAUCAUACGAGGUUUUGGUGUGUGGGGUAGAAAGCGUUCUUGAGCCUGGAAAGGGACGUAUGUAGUAAACAGUAGUUUUACAGUCGCUUUAAUUUUGUCUCCAAUUGGAUUCUGUACUAGGAAGGAUUUUAGAUUUUAGGUAAUAGACCUUUCCCGCAUUCCAACAAA